CGUUUGGUUAAUAUAAUAAGGUAUUAAUAAUAAUGUGUGGACCUAGGGAAACCCCAAAUAAACCCCACCAUCCAGCCUUGCCACCUCUAUUUGCAUGCCAUUCUCUUCCUUCUUCCAAACCUCUAUUUUUUCUCUCCUCCUCUUCUUUCUCACCAAGUGCUCUCUCUUCUCUCUAACACUCACGCAAAAAUCAAACAAACUCAACAACAACAACAACAUCAACAUCGUAUCAGAUAUCAUCAAUGGCCGUUGAGGCGCGCCAUCUUAAUCUCUUCCCAUCUCAACUCAUAGCCAACCGGGAAGUGAUGAAUUCAAUUGACGCCAAUUUCAACGUAUACAACACUCAGAUGAGUUAUUCUUCGUUUCCUCCGUUAUCCGGCGCCGUCACGGAAACCGUGCUGCCGUCGUCGGUGUACAAUUCUCCCGGAAACGCCGUGAAAUCCGAAAGCAGUCUCACUUACAACAAUAACGUCGUUACUCCCGCGUCGAGAAAACGGUCCAGAGAUAAUUACAGUUAUAAUUACAGUUCUGACGGUUAUUUUUCGUUUCUCGGCCAAGACGUGUCUCUCCAGAUCCAACAACAGCAACUCGACAUCGAGCGGCUAGUCAUGCAAGGCAUGGAGAAAGUGAGAAUAGAGUUCGACGAGAACAGGAAGAAGCUAAUGAGGAGAAUAAUCCAAGCGAUUGACGUUGGCGUGAUGAAGAGGCUGAAGGCGAAGGAGGAAGAGAUAGAGAAAAUCGAGAAACUGAAUUGGGCGUUGGAAGAGAGAGUGAAGUCUCUGUGCAUGGAGAAUCAGAUAUGGCGCGAAUUGGCGCAGAGCAACGAAGCCACGGCGAAUGCUCUCCGGACGAACUUGGAGCAGGUGCUGGCGCAGCGGUGCGGCGGCGGGCCGGCGGUGGAGAGCGAGGAGACGGAGGACGCGCAGUCGAGCUGCGGGAGCACCGCGGACGAGGAAGGGUGGCGCACGGUAGCGGGGUGCGCAGGGGCGAAGGAUAAGAGGGAAGGCGGCGAGAGUAACGUGAGGCUGUGCAGGAAGUGUGGGAAGGAAGAGUCGUGUGUGCUGAUUUUGCCGUGCCGGCAUCUGUGUUUGUGUACUGUGUGCGGGUCUACCCUACACACUUGUCCAGUUUGUAAAUCCUUCAAGACUGCUAGUGUUCAUGUUAACAUGUCAUGAAUAGGACUAGAAGAAAGAAGAAUCUCAUAAAAACAUAUAUCAAUCAAUUUUUCAUAAAUUGAAAAAUGGUAAAAAAAGAAGAAAAAAAAAUAGAGUUCAUUUUGAUC